AUGGACUCGAGAUCUAAGGGGGAAUUACGGUUGGAUGGUCGGGAAAUGGUGGAGAUAAAAGUGCCAGAAGGCUUAGAGGGUGAGAUUUACAUGCGGGAGUAUCGACAUGGCGGUCGAGUUGGGACUGUUUUGAUUAGUAGAGAUAAGACGUAUCGGUUGGUAUGCCGUGAAGAUAGUAAUACUAAAAUGGUGCGUAGGGGUGGAGGAGUUCUAUCAGAGAUAAAGAUGUGUUUGGAGUGUAGUGAGUUGAAGUAUGGUUCGAAAGAAAUUGCUGAGUUGGUGCCCGAAGUAAGACUAGAGGAAGUUAAGGAAGAGAAGUUCUAUGUGCCAAUGGGAAGGGUAAUGGAGAUGUAUCCCAUGUCAAAUGAAGAGUACCAGAAGAUUAUGCAGGAGAUAGAUGGAAUAAUUAUUACGCGGGGGGAUCGGGUUUAUUUAGGGAAGUUAGCUAAGAAGUUAGUCUUGGAUGUCUUAAUGUUAGUGCGGAGUUUGAUUAUUAGUAAGCGCGAGAAGUGUUCGGGGGUGAUUAAGGAGGAGUUUAAGGAAAUCUUUCCUGAGGAGUUGUACCAAUUAGUAGAGAGAUACAGUGUAGAUGGAGUGUUAGAUCCGGAGCUGAUUCAGAAGGAGAUAGUGAAAGUGUUACGACUAACAGUAGAUAGUGACGAGGAGUUUCAAAAACAGAUGAAAAUUAACCGAUUGGGUUAG